AUGUCUCAACCAAAUAAAAAAAGAAAAACUGUUGCACGAUAUGUAACAAAUCUAGGUUUUACUUUAAAACGGCUUACAGUUAUACCAGAAGGCCAUAAUACUCCUGAAACAAUUCAAAAAAGGAAAGAUUAUAUACAAAAAAUCUAUAAUGAAAAUAUUAAUAUUUAUAGUAAUAUAGUCUAUAUCGACGAAACUGGCUUUAAUUUACAUCUUUUCAAAUCAAGAGGUCGUGCACACCGUGGUCAACCUGCUAUUCGUAAAGUUGAAAGUAACAGAAGAAAAAAUAUCUUUGUUAUUGCUGCAAUUAAUAAAAAUGGAGUCUUGUAUUAUAAAUCUAUUUUGGGUUCAGUAAAUUCAGAAAUUUAUGCUACUUUUAUUUAUGAGCUUAUUAAUAUUAUUCCAAAUGGUAAAUUUUUAGCAAUGGAUAAUAUUGCUUUUCAUAGAUCAAAUAUAGUCAAAAGUGCUAUUGCAAAUACUACACAUAAAUUUUUAUAUUUGCCUCCUUAUUCUCCUUUUUUAAACCUAAUUGAGAAUUGGUUUUCAAAAGUUAAAGAUUCUGUUGCCAGAAAUCGGUUAAGAGAUCGAGAAACAAUUUUAAAUAGGAUGAACAAUGCAUUUAAUAAUGUUACAGAAGAAGAUUGUGAAGG